UGGGGCGGGCAGGGGCUGCGGCAGAGAAGGCCCUUCUCAUGGAUUUCCUCCGUCGAGGGGGUCAGCAGCAGGUCCCUUCUGCCAGAACAAGUCCCACAGGCUAAUCCCACUGGGCUGAGACACUUCCUCCAGUGGCCUGGACCCAUGUCAGGAACAGUUUUUAUAGAUAAUAACCAACAAAUAUAAGUAUUUAGAAGAUUGCUUUUAACAGGAAAAUGUCAAAAUAAACACAUACCCCCAAAAUUAAAUGCAUAAAUAUCAUACAUCAGUUGGAAGAAUAGGAAAUUUGAAUAUGAUCAUUUACUUGGUCAUUCUUUCCCCCUCAUUUUUAAAAAAUAAUUCAGUGAACAAUUUUUAGAAAAUUAGUUAUUUUAGGAAUUAAUUCUUUAAUUUUGAGGCUGUGAUAGAGUAACCAAGUGGACAGGGGUGAGUGGAAACAUUAAGUGGGGGAGAUAAAUAUUACUCUGAGAGGCCUUGGAAGAGCCCCCCCCCCCCAAAGUCAUUGCUAAUGUCCAAUUGGCCACUAAUCCUCCCUCCUUCCCCAAGGCACCGCAGGCUAUAAACAGUUUGGGAUGCAGGCACAUGUCCCGAACUUUUGAGAAGGAAGUCAGAAUGUCUGGUAUCUUUGAAUCAGCAGGAUGUGAACUUAGCUAAGCCCCCAGAGGGAUUUUAGGACUUGGAAAGCGGUGAUGUAGAUUUAGUCACAGGGUUAAUACACAGGGGGUUCGUUUCGGGGGCCUGAAGUGACACCGAGGCCAAGGGGGCAAAGCAUCAACCAAACAAGGAUGACAACAUUUGAUCUGCAGACCCUCCCCACCAAGGAAAUGAAUUUCUAGAAGGGCUCCCCUCGGCUGAACGGAGAUCUGACUGUUCAGAGUGGGGUAGGGUGGGAGAGGAAGGGAACGGUGGGUUCUUCCCCACGGACUUACUUUGAACGUUGAGGGAGCAGCGGGUGGCCACUUGUGGCCCAGUCUGGCUGAGCUUAGAGCCAGAGACAGUUGACCGUUUGACAGGUCAAACGGUUUCGUUUCAGUUUGUGAUAUCAAGUCUUUCCCAUGUCACCUACGAUUUGCCUGGUAUUAAGCCCCGAAAGACCCAGGAAGCGUCGCCUUAAUUCUGGAAAACAAUAGGCGCAUUAGUGGCCAGGGGAAGGGGCGCUUCCUUCAAAGGAGGGCCCGGGUGGCUGCAGCAGGUGUCCCUGGGCAGCUGCCGAAAGCUGAAAACGCUGCUCCGUGUCGCCCGGCCUCCUCUUCCUUCCCACCCCAGUGUGGCCAAGUGAAUCAUCCGUCAGCUGUGAAAGGAGAUCUGGGAACAAAACCACUUUUGCAAGGGAUUACAAAGACCAGGAAAUACAGGUGAUUACCAACAGGUGCCUUUGAUACCUACAUCCGCUGCUCUCUCUGGCUCUUUGAACUGACUUUGAUAUGCUGUAAUUAGGGAUGGUUGGGGAGAGGAGGAGGAGGAGGAGGAGGGGCUGGCCUCUGCUGGCCUGCUUCCCUCCAGAUCCCUUUGAAUGCUUUGUUUUGAAGUAGCGAUCAAAGGGAUUUUGGGAGACUGGGGGGUCCAGAGAGGAAGGAAAAGGGAAGCAGGUCCCUAUAAAUAAGGUGGUGGAAAGGCCCUAGAGGGAGGUUAACUCCUUCGUCUCUCAGAGGCAGAGCAUCCUUCCCACAGCAACCUGGCCCAGCUGCUUCAGGAAAGGGACCCCCGAGUGAUGUUUUAACCCUGGGAACUUCAAAGCUUCCAAGGAGCUCCAGAGACUACCAAAGUCCUGCAGGGCAGAAGAUGGAGGCCACCUUCCUUCUGGGGCUCACCUGCCUCUGCUCCCCUUUGACUGCUCUGGUUCUCGACUUCAAUACCAUCAGGGGCUCGGCUGAAGUGUCCGGCUCCAGGAAGGGCACCCAAUGCUCGACAGACAAAGAUUGCCGGGUGGGGAAAUAUUGUUACAAGCCCCAAGAGGAGCAGCUGCCGUUCUGUGCUCCCUGCCAGGGUUUACGGAGGAGGUGCCAGGGAAAUGGGAUGUGUUGCCCGGGGACCAUCUGUAUCAAUGAAGUGUGUGCCCAGGUGGAAAGGAUGCCCUUGGCUGAGGAGCAGAGAGACGGCAGACAUGCUGACUUGAGUGCCAAGGAACGCUGGCCACGUCCAGCUCAAGCCAGCCAUGUCCGGAAGGAGGGACCUCGGCCGAAGCCACGUAGUCCAGGUAAGAGAGGGAGCAGGAGGGUCUCUUGCAAGCAUGUGAGGGAGAGAGGAUCCAGGAGAAUUAGGAGAGUCUUUAAAGAUCGAUCAUUUAUGGAGGGAAGUUUGGACUUUUUCAACCUAAAACCAUCUUGUUACCGGAAAGCCCAGUUGGGGGAGGGAUGCAAGAGUGGGGGGGGGGUCUUGUCUUGUGGAGGCAACAGCAGGGCCACUGCCCACUCUGGGGAGACCCCUGAGCCCUCUUUGCCUCUUCUCACAGCUGGCAUGGGGGAGCGCUGCCUCCGGACCUCCGACUGCAGCCAAGGGCACUGCUGCGCCCGCCACUUCUGGGCCAAGAUCUGCAAACCUGUUCUCCCCGAAGGCGCCGUGUGUUCUGGGCGAGGGCAGAAGGAUGGCGGGAUGCCGAGCCCCGAAAUCUUCCAGCGUUGCGGUUGCGCACCCGGCCUGGUUUGUCAGCGGCCCAUCUGGGGCGCCCCACAGAGAGCUCGCCUGAGGGUCUGCCGCAGCAACUGAGGAGGCCGUGAGCCUGAAAGAGGGCAGAAGCAGAGGAAGCCUGAAGCAAAGCAAAGCGCAGGGAUCAGACCCCACGUGGGCUGACUGGUUGCACACCCGCCUUCACGGACAUUGCGCCCCUUAGGACUUUACUUGUCCCUGUGUUACCCCCGUACUUCAGCCGGCAGGAAAUUAACCAGCAUGGACUUUGCUGCCUCCAUUUCUGCUCUUGUCUUGUCUUAUACCUGGGGUGAGGCAUCCUGAUUACCUGUGUUCGAGGCACUCUAAGUAAAGCCAUCAACAGAUUCCUCCUGCUUUCCUUUCCCCCCUUUUGAGUAUCAGCAGCUGGUGUGGGGGGGGAAUGCAUUGAUUUUGGUAGGGUUGUGAUGGGGUGGGGGCUGGAGGAAGGAAGCUAGUCAACAUUUGACUUUUGCACCCUGCCAUGCUACGAACGGACAAAAGGCAACGGAAAGAGAGCCCCAGUUCCUUCGGAAUGCCCCCUUUAUGCCAGACUUGCUGAUAAGCAGCCAAGAUCUGAUCAACAUUCUCUCUCCCCACUUCUCUUUUGGGUUCAGACAUAAACAGAAGUCCUUCCCUGGUUCUUUUAACCCUCGUGCCUGAUGCAGCGGCCCCCAACCUUUCCA